CAGCACAGUCUGCAGACAGUACACAACUAUUACUCACUACUUGCUAAACCUGGAACAGCAAGAUGACUGGCAAGAUGGAAUACUUAACUUUCUUCAAUGGACACAAAAUGCCCAUUCUAGGGCUUGGAACAGCACAGGCACUGGGAGAUGAUAUAGAGAAGGCGAUAGAUGCAGCACUGGAGAUUGGGUACAGACACAUAGAUACAGCCCAGAGGUAUAACAAUGAAGCCCAAAUUGGGAGGGCAUUGAAGAAAUGGCUUGAUUCUGGAAAAAUCAAGAGAGAAGAUCUUUUUAUUGUCACAAAGCUGCCAUUGACAGGAAAUCGUGCAGAAUGUGUGGAGAAGCACCUCAAGCAGUCACUGCAUGACCUGCAGCUAGACUAUGUUGAUUUGUACCUCAUACAUAACCCGGUCGGUUUCUAUGACGUGGAUCCAAAGGAUAAUGGGAAAAAAAUGGUGCCAGAUAUGAACACAGACCAUGUCAGCCUGUGGAAGGCGAUGGAGGCACAGGUGGACACAGGCCGCACUCAGUCUAUCGGGCUGUCCAACUUCAACUCGAGGCAGGUGAAGCGCAUCUGGCAGUCGGCACGCAUCAAACCCGCCAACCUGCAGGUAGAGCUUCACGUCUACUUCCAGCAGAGCCAACUGCGCGCCUUCUGCCGGGCACUUGACGUCACCGUCUGUGCCUACAUCCCGCUGGGGUCGCCAGGCGCGCGGCCUCCUGGUCUCACGGCGAACACUCGAGACCAGCUAACUAACCCAGUGGUUUCACAAAUCGCACAGAAGUAUGGGAAGACAAAUGCUCAGGUGCUGUUGCGCUACAUCAUACAACUCGGUGUGGCGGCCAUACCUAAGAGCACUAAUCCGGACCGUCUCCGUCAGAACUUUGAUGUGUUCAACUUUGAGCUGUCCCCAGAAGACAUGGACAUGCUGGAGCACCUGGAUAAGGGACCAGCAGGGCGACAAGUCCGAGGCCUCUUUCCUGGAAUGGCAAACCAUCCAGAAUACCCGUACAGUGAGCGCUACUAGUUCUGAGAGAAGAGGAUGACGGACAUACGUGCAUGGACAUC